AAACAAGGGUACUCGUGGGCUGAUUUUGCUGGUGAAAAUGGAGGACGGACUUUUCGGCCGUGCGUUCAGUUUUAAUUGAUAGUCAGCUGGAGAGCUCCUCACCCAAUACCAGCUGGACCUGCUCUUCCCAGUCAACCAACUAACCAACGCCGCCGGCGUAUUAUAGUGGCCAUUUUGGUCUCUGCAAUCUCUGGGCGCUGUACGCACCCCACUUCGAAAGCUUCACCUCUUGUCCUCAGUGACCGUGCGUGGAUCCAUGACUAAAUCCAAACACCAUGUCCAAAGUAUCGCUUAGAAAGAGGAAUCUCAAUAAACGCUUCAAUUCCAAUUCCAAUCCCAACUCUCCCAUGGCUUCUGUACCAAUUCAUUCCAGUUUCAGAAGAGGCUCUCUGAUAUUUGCCGUUUUCCUCAUGCUUUGCGUGGUUGUUCCACUGGGCAUUUCGUCGAACAUGUGGACCGUGCCCAAGUAUGGUGCCGGUUCUCCUACAAUUUACUCGAUCGAGGUUGUCAAUGAGUUCCCUCAUGACCCACAAGCAUUUACUCAGGGGCUUCUCUAUGCUGGCAAUGACACCCUGUUUGAGUCAACUGGCAUGUAUGGUAAGUCAUCUGUGCGAAAGGUUGCUCUUCAAACUGGGAAGGUCAAGGUUCUUCAACAGAUGGAUAGUUCCUAUUUUGGUGAGGGUCUGACUCUAAUUGGCCAAAGGCUGUUCCAAGUAACUUGGUUGACAGAAACUGGUUUCAUAUAUGACCGUUAUAAUCUAAGCAAAUUCAAGAAAUUUACUCAUCAAAUGAAAGAUGGUUGGGGACUCGCAACUGAUGACAAAGUGUUGUUUGGAAGUGAUGGGACGUCAACAUUGUACAAGAUUGACCCUCAAACACUGAAAGUCAUAAGUAAAAAGAUCGUCAAAUUCAAUGGUGAUGAAGUACAUAACAUUAAUGAGCUGGAGUUUAUAAAUGGCGAAGUUUGGGCAAACGUUUGGGGAACAGACUGCAUUGCUAGAAUCUCGUAUGGGGAUGGUAGUGUGCUUGGAUGGAUUCUCCUUCCAAAGCUGAGGGAUGAGCUGAUACGUGCUGGGCAUCAGGAUAUAGAUGUUCUAAAUGGCAUUGCUUGGGAUAGGAACAAAAACCGCAUUUUUGUGACUGGAAAGCUAUGGCCGAAGCUUUAUGAGAUCAAACUGCAGCCAAUAAAGAAACAACUUAGUCCCGGGGCCAUUGAGCAGCUGUGCAUGCCACCUCCACACAAUUUUCGGAGGCCGUAGACAUUUGUCCCAAGAUCUUGUUAUAUCCAUCAUUGCCAAGAGCAGGACAGGCUUCUCUAGUCUAGUUUCUGUAUUACAUCAUUACAUCCGGCAAAGUAUGGAGAAACUGCACUCGGUUGCUCUAGUGGUGGCUGAUAUUUUGUAAAAGUCCCAUACUAGCAUAAAUAGGAGACAUUACUUGAUUGUACAGACUAAUAAUAAGUUGUAUUGGGACACUGGAUGGCCUUAGCAGAGCUACAUCUCCAUCGCUACAUCUCCAUCUUUGGCUUGCUAUUCUAUGAAUAAAUUUCAAAUUUAUUAUAAUAUUAUAGAUUUUGUUUUAGAAA